CUCUGCCGUGAGUUCCGGCGUUACCUGUACUAGAUGAGAACCGAUACUGUCAGUACCGAUUCACUCGUUACCGAAACGUAUCGGGAUUAAUUACAGCAUCUUGAAUCAGGAAUAGUUGACGGCAUUUUAAGACCGAGCUGCUAUAAUAUGCCAAGUCAUAUACAUUUCACGAGAACUUAAGGCUGGAUUAGUCCGUACACUCCUAUUUGUAUUCAAACCUAUUACAACCAUACCCCUCAUAUCCUUAUACGAUCAUACGAUGUCAAUGCCGCAAACAAAGGCAAUUCAACUGCCUCCCCCAGCCGAAAACCAAGCACUGGCGAAGGUCUUUGCGCUCAAUGGAGGAUUCCUCACUCUUCCUGAGCGCUUAUUCGUUACUGACGCAGACCCAACAAAGGCAGUGACGGUGCCAUCUCUAUGUUUCCUCGUCGAACACAAAACUGCGGACACCCGAACUGAAAGGAUUGUUUUUGAUCUCGGAAUCAAGCGCAACCUCACUCAAUACGCCGAUGGAAUGCGGCACCACAUUCCUGCACGACAGCCAAUCAUCACCCACCCAGACACCAGAGCAAGUCUCACAGAUGCAGGGCUCGAUCCGGAGAAAGAUAUCGACUAUGUAAUCCUCAGCCACUCGCACUGGGAUCACGUCGGGACACCGUCUGACUAUCCCAACUCUCAAUUCAUAGUCGGAUCAGGCACUUUGCAUAUGUACAAGCAUGGAGCACCGUACUAUCCAUCAGAAAUGUUUGAGAAAGAGCCUCUUCCAUUAGAACGAACUCGUGAACUUCCACCAACAAGUGAAUCAUACAGCCAAAAUACAUUUUCAGCGCGUCAAACAGAGCACAAGUGGCAACCGCUGGCUAAUUUCCCCAACGCUAUUGAUUUUUUUUGCGAUGGCAGUGUUUAUAUCAUCGAUACACCGGGUCACUUACCAGGCCAUUUGAAUCUUUUGCUUCGUGUUGAGAAGGAUAAAUGGAUAUACUUGGGAGGAGACUGUUGCCAUGAUACUCGAAUCCUUACAGGAGAAAGGGAUAUUGCCUUGUACGACGAUGGUCAUGGAGGAAAGCGCAGUGUCCACUCGGACCUCGAGUCGGCCAAGACAACGCUCGCAAGGAUCAAGGCGUUUUUAGAUACAUUCGGGGAUUCAGUCGAAUGGAUUGUCGCGCAUGAUUUGAACUGGGCAACACAAAACCAGCAUCGGUUUUUGGCUCCAAAGCAAUAGCUUAAAAUAAGUAAGAAAGAG